CCACAACUUGAACUCCUUUGGUAUGAUAAUCAAUAAUACCACCACAAGGUUGGUGGGCCGUCUAAGCCUUUAAAUAUUUCACAGACGCAUCGGCGUCCAACUUGAACGACUUCAUAAUGAGUACUCGCCCACACACCGCCGCUGUUGUCGCCAACGCGAAGAUCUUCCCGGUCUUUGCAAACAGGCUCGCAUCACACGACAUCAGCGAGUACAUAAACACUGCCAAAAAGCUGAAGAACUGGUUGGGCUCCGAGAAAGCGUACUAUCCUGACGCCCUACGUAAUAUCGUUUUGCUCCUCGAGAUUGCCCAUCAGACCUUCACGAAAAGGUUUCUCCAAACAGAACAGUCAGCAUUUGCUGUGAUGGAUAUAUACCAGGCCUUAAUUCGCGCCGUAAUUCCUUUCUUACGGUUUUUCACAGAGGAGGACCUGCAACUCCGACUCCAUGACUUGAUCCAAAGUUCUUCUCAGCUUUCAAAUAAUUUCGUAUAUCCUGUCCGGGCUGAAGGCGAUACUGCAGCUCAAGAAUACAAGGACGCUACCUCAAUGAUCACAACCACCCGAGAUGCGACUCCAAGCACGCAACUAAUGUUUCCUAGUAUCGCCCAAGUGGAAUCAGUUCAAUCGCCUACUACAGCGCAGAUUUCGACCUCGUCUACACCAGAUACUCGUCCGGAUCUCCCAACCAGUACCUCCACCCCGAGAGCCCUUCCAAAACCUCAGCCAAAGCGCCAAGCUGUGACAUCUUCACUAUCUGAGCACCUCAAACACCGUGACAUCGAAUGGUUCAAGUCACAACAUCAACCUGCGGCUGCUUCUGAUUCAAAGCCUUCAAGUCCUGCUCCACCCGGCGCGCUUAAGUUUUCAAAUGAUGUGACGGAGCCGCCUGCAGAGAAGAUACGGCCAUCUCGGAUGCCAGGGAGGAUACCUCCACAACCGGCAUUUACUGAGCUGACGACAGCAACCGAACCUGCAGCCCCUGCGAAUGGCGCUGAUCUGACGAGUGCCUUGCCUUCCACCGAGGUUUCAGCGCCAACAGUUGCCAAAGAAGUCAAACAAGAAAUUCCAUCCGUGGUAGCUGAUGUUGUCAUGAACGACCCACAAACAGGAAACGUGCCUCAAGGUUUAGAAACAGUGUUGGGUACGCCAGGAAAUGUCGCCCCCGAGCUCACAACACCGUCGCCAGAACAAGAUAUAGAUUCUCCAGCUCCAAGGCAGCCACCUGCGAUAUCAUCAGAUGUGGGUGUAAAAAGCCAAGGAGACGAAAUAUUGUUACCUCCAGUAGAUCAUACCUGUCCGCAAGUCACUUGUGCGAGAUUUGGAGGGGAGAUGGCUGUGAUGAUGUUUCGGCAAGGACUUUCACCUCGCGGGACGAUCAACGUUACUUUCAAUCUUGAUCAUACACUCUAUCUCCAAAUUGCUCGGUGGGCUAAGCGCAAGUCGUCACCAACAGAUUUGGAGCAAAGUGUCUGUGUGUCGUUUGCUUGCUAUCAUCUUCCCAGUCUUUUGCCCAAUCCACCAGAAGAUGAUCAACCUACUCCAUUUGAGAAACUUACGAUGAAUUCUCAAUGCUCGUGGCCCACAACUGGGGACCUUUCACUGCAGACCAAGCGGGAUGGGAAGGAUUUUAUUAUUCCACUAGCUCCGCCUAUUUUCGUUACUCCAGACAAUUGCGUUGAUAUCUCCGCAUUUAUCAGAAGCGGAGAAAAUGCCUUUUCGAUGGUCCAACAGAGCGACAUGUCAGAUUACAUGUUUGUUCUCCACGCCCAUCAUCCCACGCCUGUGCAACUUGGUCAUCUUGCUUCUUGCAGACAGAAGCGUGAGGACUGGGUGAAGACCACGCUUGCUUUUUGCACGUCUGAACCGACGGAGUCAUUAUGGAGGCGAUCGUAGUUGCGGUCAUGAAUGCGUAUUUUCUGUAGCAUAGUCAGCCAAUCAAGUGUGUUUUCGGAAGCUUGUAGUGCUACGACGCACCUAUUUGGUGAGUGACGGAGGGAUUCUUGAACAGGCUAAUGUCAUACGUACUUAGCAGUAGGUCAUUGAUACACGAGGGGGAAAGUUAUGUAAAUUGCUGCGUCGUAUGUGUGCUUCGAAUUCGUUGAACUUGAACUCACGUUCCCAGUCAUCGGCACGAUCUGUUCUUGCAUCGAUAUCAUUACUGCACGGUUUGCGGGCUUACACCGGUCCAAGUCGUUUGGUGUUGUAUUUUUACAAAAUAUAGUACAAUCAAUUAUGUAAUUUACAUAAAAUUCUGGAUAAGUAUUU